CGGUGCUAUGGCGACGGGAGGCGAGCAGAGCGCGGCGGCCUCCGGGCCUGGACCGUUGCAGUCCGUGAGCACCCAGCUCGAUUCGCUCCUCGUGCAGCUACUCCUGGACCUUGAGCAGCUGGAAGGGAAGCGGGUGACCCUGAACGCCCGAGUGGAGGAGGGCUGGUUCUCCCUGUCAAAGACUCGCUAUGCCCUGGGUGCUAAAGCUGUCAGCCCCCUUCAGUAUAGCUCCUGUAUGGCUCCCUUCUUCCGGGUCUGCACCAGUGAGCCCGAGACUGGUCGGCCUGAGUUCGAGGUGAUUUUCGCUAGACCCGGGUCGCCGAAGGACGUGAGAGCCCAGGAGGCCCAAGGUGUGAGUGAUUAUGAGGAGGCCGAGUCCGAGUCUGCCGUGCUGCGGAGGCGGCCCCAGCCUCAGGGGUCGGCCUUGCAGACCACCCCACCUACACCUGCCGCCGCGACCUCUCCCGAGCGGGAUCCCCUGACCUGGUUUGGGAUCUUGGUGCCCCAGAGUCUGCGGCAGGCCCAGGGAAGUUUCCGGGCAGCUCUGCUCAUGGCUGGGGAGAUUGCCGCGCUCCAGAGCCGAAUCGAGUGGGGAAGAGCCCAGAUUCAAGCCCUACUGCAGGAGAAGCAGAAGUUGCUUGAUCAGCUGAAGGUGGUAUGAACACAUUCCUCCUGAAAUUUAGAAUCUAAAUAAAGGAUUUAGCCCUUAUUUGAUGACUUUAAAAAAAAAAUAAAAUUAAUUUUUCCUUUUCUGUAGAAAAUGACACAUUUCCUUUGCUUUCCAAAGUUCCCGCUGUUACAUUAAAGAAUCAGACAUGAAAAAUAUGAAAUAUAUUUUUUGCAUUGUCACAAAAGACUCUGAAGCAUUAGGAAGUAAACUAAUGUGUAACCUUUGCACA